GUUUUCUGGAAUGAGGCGCUCAGACACAAUGGCUGCAGGCAGUUAAGAUUCCCCAGCGUUACUGAAUUUAGCUGUAUAACUAUAGGAGUAACAGAAACCAGAACCACACAGAAUUACCAUAGAAGGUUAUAGAAAUAAAAAAAUAUAAAAACAGGAUUUUAAGCAAGCUACACUUUUAAGUUCCGCUACACACACGUUUUGGACAAUGAUUAACCUAAAUUAUUUUAAAAAAAUUUGGAGUCAAUGAAAGAAAACAACACUACUGUUUAAAAUGAUAUACUUUGCCACUCGAGUUAAUAACCCAUCAAUGAAUGGAGUGUGCAAGCACUCAUGUGCUGAUCAUGAUAAACUUGAGUUGUUUACAUCCCUCUAGCAGUGAUCUUACAUAUAGUUUUAUUUGGCAGGCUGUAUACUGAUAGUCAUGUAGUCUGCAGGUCAGUGUGGGGCACAUGGGUGGUCUGGUUUAGAAUGUAUUGAAAACCUUAUUGAAAGCUAAGCAUGAUAAAAGCAUUGGGGAGAUUGGAAAGCAUGGGGAAGCAUAGGGGAGCAUGCUGAUUUAGUCUGGUCCCUAACUCUGAGCUUUUUUCAAAACUUUUUAAGUGUGUCAAAUUAAAGUAAAACAUAUGCGAACCCACAGCCCACAGAAAACCCAGGCACAUUUUCUGAAUAAGUAAUAAGUAAAGUUUAAAAAAAAAUAAUAAAUACAAGCCAGGUGUCCCAGUGGUUCUGUCUGAACUCCAGGCAAUUGAAUAGUCAAGCUGUGAUCAAAUGAGAAUAACAGCCUACCCACACCCACCCGAAUCCCUCUCAGCUUCUCUUUGGAAACAAUUUGUCCAAAAAAAUUAAGCAAGGCACAGACCAAUGACAAGCUAGGGGGGAUUGGCCAGGACAGCAUACUUCAGAUGCUCUAGCCCUGAGCCUGGGUUCAGUGGAAACAGACUGCAGGCACACUUGUCGACCCAGCACAAGGCAGGACAGCAGCCUCUGGGGACACACUCGAGAGGAACAGACUGCAGAGCAAGCAUGUGGCAGAGUGAGAAAGUGAUGCUCCUUUUACACACCUUACUGGCUAUUGCUGUGGCACAAGAUCACACCUGGGGCGACUCGCGCUUCUCAAAAUGGAAGGACAGGGGGGGCAGGAAUCUGGGCUACAAUGGCCUCCAGGAGCUGCAGACCUCAGGAGUGACGGAGUGGACGUCCUGGUUCAACAUCGACCACCCUGGAGGCAGCGGGGACUACGAGCGCCUGGAGGCCAUUCGCUUCUACUACCGCGAGCGGGUGUGCGUGCGGCCCCAGGCCAUCGAGGCGCGCACCACGGACUGGGUGUCAGCGGGGGACACGGGCGAGGUGGUGCACUCCAGCACGGACAAGGGGUUCUGGUGCAUCAACAAGGAGCAGUCGAGGGGCAAGCUCUGCUCCAACUAUCACGUGCGCUUUCAGUGCCCACUAGCAGUGCAGUCGUACUGGAGCCCAUGGACGGCGUGGAGCGGGUGCUCAGCCACAGCGUGCGGCAGCGCCGGGAUCCAAGCCCGGGAGAGGAGCUGUCACAGCACCGAGCCCCUGGGUCCACUGCGCUUCCCUGUGUGUGAGGGCAAGUCAAUGGAGAGGAGGGAGUGCGCCACGCCGCCCUGCCCAGAGGCAUCGUGGGGUUCUUGGGGCUCCUGGUCAGCCUGUGCUGUGACCUGCGGAGGAGGACACAGGGUCAGGCGCAGGACCUGCGUGAAGCCCUCUGAUCGGAAGCGGUGUUUCGGACGUCGGGUCGAGGCUCAGAAGUGUGGGAAGUCUCCCUGUGCAGCGUGCCGCCGCGUGUGUCAGGAGGGCAGAGUGAACGACGACUGCAGCAGCUGCGUGUGCGACGGCCACGCUCUGGUCGGGGAGGUCCGCAGCCCGCAGGGGGCGCCACUCCCAGGAGCUCUGGUGUCUCUCGAGGAGCAUCCCAGACUGACACUGGCCAGGACGGACGAGAGGGGGGCCUUCCGAAUCCAGGGGGUCUGCUCCAGUUCUGCCGCUCGGACCCUCUUCACCAUCCAGAGGGAGAAAUACGCCACCCUCUCCCUGCCUGCCUUCAGCAACAGCACCGGGACGUCCUGGAUACACGCCGUGCUGCAGAGAGCCGAGAAGCCGUACAUUGUGAAGCACCCAGAGACUAAAGUGCGUUACGAAGGCCAGCGAGUGACCUUCUGUUGCAUGGCCACAGGGAUCCCCAUGCCGGAGAAAUACUACUGGUACCACAACGGGACCCUGCUGGACAGACAGGUGUACAAGUACGACGACAAUCUGCUCCUGAGGGAUCUCAAGCCCCUGCAGGCAGGAGAGUACCAUUGCAAAGCCAGCAAUGAAAUGGGAGGGAUCAAGUCUUCCCCUGCCAUGCUCACCGUCGUAGGCAAGGACCAGCCAGCCUGUGAACCCAAACCUGAGGACUACCUGAUCAAGCUGCCAAUGGACUGUUUCCAACCCGGGACUGAUUCUCAGUACUACAACGCCGGGCACUGCCCCCACACCAAGUGCGCAGGGUCACUGAACUUCGACCUGCGCUGCAAGGACGGAGAGGACUACUGCUGCGGGGCGAAGCGCAUAGAGACGCGGGAGAUCGACUGCGGCCGGUACACGCUGCCCAUCCGAGCCGUGACCGAGUGUGGUUGCCAGAAAUGCGUACAGCCCAAAGUUCUGGUCCGCGGGCGCGUGGUGGCAGCAGACACAGACGAGCCUCUCCGAUUCGGGCACAUCUACAUCGGCAAGGAGCGAGUGGGCAUCACAGGCUACAAAGGCACCUUCACCAUCCAGGUGCCACCAGACACCAAGAGACUAGUGGUCAGCUUCGUGGACAGGCUGCAGAAGUUUGUGGACACGGUCAAGGUGUUCCUGUUCGAUAAGAAGGGAGGGGCCGUUUACCACGAUGUCAAAGUGCUGCGGAAGCAGGAACCGGUGGAUAUUGACUCUGCUAAAGCCAGUACUUUAUACCUAGGAGAGAUCAAAGGGGAGGACCCCAUUGGCCAGAUUGUUAUACCGCCCAACUCUUUCCACAAGGCCAAUGGUGAGGUCUAUCAAGGUACCGUCAAGGCCAGUGUGACUUUCCUGGACCCCCGAAACAUCACGACUGCCCCUGCCGCUCCCGGAGACCUCAACUUUGUCAACGAGGAAGGGGACAUGUACCCUCUCAGGACCUACGGCAUGUUCUCUGUGGAGUUCCGAGACGAGACCAAUAAGGAAGUCUUGGAAACCGGCAGUGUGCAGGUGUUCCUGGACACGGAACAUGUCAAGAUGCCCGAGCACAUCCCCAAGAUGAAGCUGUGGUCCCUCAACCCGGAGACAGGGAUCUGGGAGGAGGAAAGCGACUUCCAUUUCACUAGGAGCCCCGCUGGCCGGAGCAAGCGUGAGGAAAGGACCUUCUUGAUUGGGAACAUGGAGGUCCGGGAGAGGCGUCUUUUCAACCUGGACGUGCCCGAGAGCAGGCGCUGCUAUGUCAAGGUGCGGGCCUACAUGAAUGACAACUUCCUGCCCAACGAGCAGCUGGAAGGGGUGGUGGUCAACCUGAUCAACCUGGAACCCAGGGCUGGCUACUCCUCCAACCCCCGUGCCUGGGGCCGAUUCGACAGCGUGAUCACUGCCCCCAACGGCGCCUGCCUGCCGGCUUUCUGCGACGGACAGCGGCCGGACGCUUAUACUGCCUACGUCACGGCCACCAUGGGAGGAGAGGAGCUAGAAGCAGCCUCCUCGAGCCCCAAAAUGAACCCCAAUGUCAUUGGGGUGUCCCAGCCCUACCUGGACAAACUCAGGUACCAGAGAACAGACCACGAAAACCCUGCGCUCAAGAAGACAGCUUUCAAGAUCAACCUGGCCAAGCCCAACCCCAACAACAUUGACGAGACAAACGGGCCGGUGUACGCCUAUCAGAACGGCAUCGACUGCGAGAACGCCCCAGUCACGGCCAACCACUUCCGCUUCUACCGCGUGGAAGGGCACAAGUACGAGUACAACGUGGUGCCUUUUCAGGAGGGAGACCUGACCUCCUGGUCUGGGGACUACCUCUCCUGGUGGCCUAACCCCCAGGAGUUCCGGGCGUGCUACAUCAAGGUUAAGAUCAACGGGCCCUCGGAGGUCAUGGUGAGGUCGCGGAACAAGGGCGGCACGCACCCUCAGACCAAGGGUCAGCUGUAUGGCAUCAGAGACAUGCGCAGCACCCGCGACCUGAGGCUGCCCAACUCCUCGGCCGCCUGCCUGGAGUUCAAGUGUAGCGGGAUGCUGUUCGAUCAAAGUCUGGUGGACCGCAGCUUGAUAGCAGUCAUCCCCCAGGGCGACUGCAGGCGGGUGGGCAUCAACAGCCUGCUGCAGGAGUACCUGGUCAAGCACCCUCCGCAGUUCCUGAAUAAUGAGUCCCACGCCUUCAACAUGCUGGCCCCUGUCGACCCACUGGGACACAACUACGGGAUUUACACCGUCACCGACCAGAACCCCAGGCUGGCCAAGGAGAUCGCCAUCGGCCGGUGCUUCGAUGGGACCUCGGACGGGUUCUCCAGGGAGAUGAAGUCCGACUCGGGGGUCGCCCUGACCUUCAGCUGCCCGGAGAGGGCCGUGACCAGGCAGAGUCUCUUCCAGCGCCUGCAGAACUCCCCGGCCCAAGCGCUGGCCCAGAUCGGACGGGACAUGAGGGAACGAGGCCAGGCCAGGCCAGGUCCUUCCCAAGUGGUGGCUUACCGUUCGGGUCAGUUGAGCAGGAACACACCCGCUCAGAGCCGCAGAACCCCGGGGACCACUGGUCGGAGGAGGGGCCAAGCAAGAGCACAGUCCAGGCAAUAAUCCCGUCUGUGAAAUGGUCCCUUGACUUGGCCGCGCCUCUCUACAUAAGGAGUCGAUAUCAGCCUCUGAAUCCAUGGACUUUUAUUUAAAAUGACUGGACCUCGUCAUUACUGUUUGGAAUCAUCUAAGGGCAAACAAUAAAAGGUUGAUUGAUGCCCCCUUGAUCAACGGUAGGGUGCCCUGACAUUACAUCCCAACUCAUUUUGAGUGACUGUUUUGCUCUGUGCAUUAAAUAGGGUGGAAGAGGUACAGUUAAAAAUAUUUCUACAUCUGUUGUCAAGGAAUUCGGUGGUGUGAUAUCAUUGCCUUGCAUGCACAUGAGCACUAGUGAAGAUGCCACAUAAAGGCACAAUUCACUAUGGAUAUUGUACAAGCAAUGACAUCACGACAGGGAUUCUUUGGGAAUACAGUGGGCAGAUCACUGAAUCGACACUGACUCCCCUGUCUAAAGCCCCCCACCCCCCUCAUUUAAAAGAGAUGUAUUCUGAGAGAAGGGGUGUGAUAUAUAUAUAUCAAUAUGGUGCAGCAGCUUGAUUAUUAAGAGUGCUUGUUUGAUGCUUAUCUGUUUUGUUUUGUUUUUGUUUACUAGCGUGCAAUAAUAAUGUUAGAAAAUGUGUCGGCCACCCAAAUCACAGUGAGCUGAGUCCCUGGAUCAAGGGAGAAAUGAAACAAUGCUGGGCUUCAUAUUAUCCAUUAGCAGCCAAAUGCAGAGGUUUACAAAGACACUGAAUACUCCUUUGUUGAAUUUCUUAUUUUUCUUGUUUUUUUGUUUUUUUUGUAAUUGAUAUUAACCAAGCCAACUGUUAAGAAUCACGUACUGACGAGAUCCCUGCUGGAAUAAUUUAAACAAACCUAGCAUGAAGGCAGUCCUUUAUUAUGGCUGCUUUUAAUCAGUAACAGACUAGACUACAAGACACCAUGUACUGUAGAUGGCUUAGUACAAGGGUCCUCUUUUAGUCUGAAGACUGAACGAGGGUCUGGAGCACACCUUGAGGACAGGUGUGUCCAGGUGAUUUAAAAACAGAGCACUUUUUUUGCACGACAGUGUGCUAAAAGGAUCCAGACAGCAUCGCCAGUAUUAGACACUCACUUUAUGCCAUUCCAGCUUUUCUUCCGUGUGUUGACAGCUGUUAGAAAUUCUUUACAGACUCCUUCACUCUGCAACGGCAGAGACAGAUCUGAGCUGUCGAUUUAUACGAAUGAAUAGAUGAAUCAACAGUUUGGAGUAAGCAAUGCAAGCGUGUGUGCUGUGCUGCGUCACGUAACUAGUCCCAUAGGCGGUGUAAGCAGUCUGGCGAGUUGAUUAUCUGACGGUAACAGCAAAGUAGCACUUAUUGUUCAUCAAAAGCCAAAAAAAAACACUUCACCAUUAAGGCACGAAAAAGGAAAAGCAAUUCAAAUCCGACAGACCUCGAAGUGCCAGCCCUUACGAGCUGGGCUAAUCAGGGGGUAAUCAACUCUAAUGAUGUUGUUUGCGAAGGUCGAUGGCAUGAGGGUGGAGGGAGGAACUCUUUUGUUCAAAAGGCAAUCAUGCCUGCGGACUGCGUUCUGCGUUCUCUAACCUCUCGACUUCAUCAUUUUCAUGAUUACGAAGGCGAUAAGCAGCUUGAUCCAUUCCGAGUUUCAUUCCGUAUUGGGACAAUUUGUGUGUGCUAAAUGUGCUGGAUGCUAAAGUAUCUACUGAGGGCCAAGUUAGGAUUGUAGUUCCAAACUCACUUACAGUAUGACCUAUUGUGAACCUGCCUAACCAAAUUUGCAGCCAUGAAUAUGUAUGCAUUAAAAAGCAGCAUCCCAUCGACUUGGCUUUAUAGUGGAUGAUUAAUAUAUACAGUAGGGUUCAAAAGUUUGGAAACAGCAAAUGAUUUACUGCAAAACUAGGGGUGGGGAUUGUAUUGCCCAUUUGUCCUCACUUAGACCAUUUAUUAAAUACCCUGGUAUCCCUGAAUAGAUCAUUGUCUUUAAAAAUAUGCUAAGGAUUUUAAUGAGCAACAAAUUCAUUGGUACCCUAAAUAUGAUUAAUUUACCAACAAUGCUUUACCAUUUGUCCUCUAGUUUACCCAAAGCUUUUCCUGAGUGGUGAGUGACGAAACUUGGUACAAUAUUCAAUGCAGUGUUGUCCUUGGCAGCCCUCAGACAGAAAACUAUUUUUGAUGGUAAAAGGAAAGUCCUAAAACCUACUGCACUCAGCGGUCCACAUGGGAAAGUAUUGAAACGGUAUAAUGGACGUUGCACUUUGAGGAUGUAUUGACAAACAAAACAGUUUGCUGACGACUCCUCUGUAAAUGAACGCGAAACCUGUACUGCAUGACUUUUUUUUUCUGCUAAAUUUAUUGACUCACUUUAUUUUCAGGUGUUCAAUAUGUACAUUAUUUUAUGUAUGACUGUGCAUCAUAAUUUAGUUUUUCUGUUCUUGUAAAUAAACACAGUUGGAUACUUUUCAUUAUA